AGGAGGAGGAAGGCGCAUGCACAGCUAGAUGAGUCGGUUUGAUAACGCAGUGCAUAAACAAGUGAUGAGGAGAAGGAUUUAUCGGAUUUGUUACGUCGACUACAUGGCUUAAGUCUAUUGUAAGGUGCGCAUCACAGAUUGAUCGAUACGAGGACCUCUGAGAGAUCACAUUUCAGUUUGAUCCUGGCUUCAGCAUGUGUGACAGAAUAUUACAUAGCAACUAAUGAUGAUUCACGCAUGCCUGAACAUGCAGGAGUUUUGUUUUCCCUUUGUGUUGAUAUGAUUUAUCUUGCCAUUUUACACCAGCUUUGUUUCAUUUUCUUUUAAAGCUUUGGUCUAUGCAUUGUAUUAUAUAAUUGUAAUCUUUUUUUACAUCCAUCAUCAUAAUGCACGCUCCGGUUCCACCUUCCCCCAUGAAACCAGCUGUGGCCCCAUCAGUGCAGCUGGGUGUCACAGUUCUUUACACUUGUCUUUAUGGGGGUCUGUUUUUAGUUGUGUAUGUUCAGCUUUGGUUGCUGUUACUCUACCGGCAUAAGCGAUGGAGUUACCAGAGUAUUUUUCUUUUUCUUUGCCUGUUCUGGGCAGCGCUUCGCACAACGCUCUUCUCGUUUUAUUUUCAUAAUGCCCUUGUGGCCAACCACCUGCCCACUCCAGUCUACUGGCUCCUUUACUGCUUCCCAGUGUGCUUGCAGUUCUUCACCCUGAGUCUCUUCAACCUUUACUUCACUCAGGAGUCGCUCAAAGUUAGAAGCGUGUUCAGCAUUGAGCCCAGGAAAGCACUAUGGGUGGCACGGUGUGUGUAUGCCACCAUGAGCGUCAUCUUCCUGUGUGUCAAUAUAGUUUGCGCAAGCCUCGGACAGCAUGGCGCUUCCGGUGGAGCUGGUGAAAACACGUGGAGCCUGGUUCUGGUUCGGGUGCUGGUUAAUGACCUACUGUUCAUUCUUGAAGCUGUGUGUCUGGCCACAUCUCUGCUCCUCUUAACUCGAUCCUCGCACCCUACCACUCCUUAUAUACGCAGUAAGGGGCUUUGUCGGACUGCGGUGCUGGGGGCAGGUGUCAUCUUGCUCUUCUCUAGCAGGGCGUGCUACAAUCUUGCUGUGCUGCUUUUGUCUCAGAAUCAUAAAGUGGAGGCCUUUGAUUAUGACUGGUACAACAUCUCUGAUCAGGCUGACCUUCAGAGUGAACUUGGAGACAGAGGCUACAUUAUCUUCGGAGCUGUUCUCUUCAUUUGGGAGCUGCUUCCUACCAGCCUGCUCGUUCUCAUCUUCAGAGUUCGCCAGCCUCCUCAAGAAAAGAACUGCAGCCCAGCGAUGUGCAACACACGAGGCUCACGCUCCUAUUUCUUUGACGAUCCUCGUGGAAUGGAUGACACGGGUUCUCUCUGGAGUCACAGUAUCAAUCCUCAUAGCAGCUGGUUUGGAUCCAGUGAGACGACUCCACUCCUCUUCAACAGGACUCAGCAGAGCAACCAGCACCACUCUCUUUACUCCACUCCACAGACCUGACCGCUAUGCAAAGCUGCAGAGAUCUUCUCUGACCAUCUCAGGCGAUAGUGCAGCAUUACCUCUUCCUGUUGAGUAGCUCAAUGGGUUUAUUUGCACUAAUACUCAUCAGAAGCAUCUGUACUUCUGAAGUUGCACCUUGACUUUUUAAAGCUGACCACAGUUAGACUAGAUGCUUGUGAUAAAAGGAACCAGUUGGCGGGUUUUUUAUAAGGAGGAGUUAUUACCACAUUUACCUUUUCAUCAUUUAUAAUGGUAACCUUAAAAUGUAUUAACAUAUUAUUUUUGUGCAGGAUGAUGAUAUUCUAUUUUAAGUGGUGCAAUAAUUUUGGUACUAAUCUUGUGCUCUGAUAUUUGUCAGUUUAUUUGAAUAAAAAACAAAUUU